AUGAAUAUGAGGCAAUACAUUGACCAGCUAAAAGCCCAUUUGGUGACAGUAGAAAACAAACGCCGUAAUACCGGUGAUGCCCUAAAACCCAAAACGGGAUCGACAACACCAACGGAAGAAGGAUCAGAGCCCAUAAGCUCCGGUAACACUCCCGGAGGAGAACACAAAACCGAAAACGGUAACCCCGUCAAGACAAACUCGGCCCAUGGACGAAGUGAAGAUGAUAGAAAAAUUUCUCGGUUAUUAUUUAUCCCGCCCGACUUCCGGUCGGUUAUAAUAGGCCCGAAAGGAUAUAAGACAAAUGUUGAAAAGGCCAUUAGUAAAAUUAAUUUAAUUAUUGAGGACCAUAAAAAGCUGUUGGCCCAACGGGAGGAGGAAAAGGCCAAACGGGAGGAGGAAAAGGCCAAACGGGAGGAGGAAAAGGCCAAACGGGAGGAGGAAAAGGCCAAACGGGAGGAGAGAAAGGCCAAACGGGAGGAGGAAAAGGCCAAACGGGAGGAGAGAAAGGCCAAACGGGAGGAGGCAGCUAAAGCCAGAGAGGAACUGGCAGCGAAGGGCAUUUAA